AUGGGCGCUCCAACGGAUGGAAAGACCAUUCAGGCUACGAGCAUCGGCUCAGACUCUGCCAACCUGAUCAUUGAGCUCGAGGGGCGUGAAAGGGCGGCCAAGCAGUUUCCCUGGUAUUAUGGCCCCACCUACCUCCUCUUCUGGGUGGGUCUUUUCUUCGCCGUGGUCAUACCACUCUUCCAGGCGGUGCCUACGGCUCUGAAGAUCGCCGAGGAGUCGGCCAGUCCGGGGAAAUUCGUGGCCGAGCGAGCCCAGGGCAUACUGCUGUCCAUCAGCCAGAUGGGACCACGAGUCGUGGGCGACCAUGUCAAUGAGGUGACUAUAGUGGAAUAUAUGCUCGCCGAGAUAGCGAAAGUCCGUUCGGCAAUGCGCGACGAUCUCUUCGAUUUGGAAUGUGAAGUACAACGGGUCUCGGGGUCUUAUCUUCACAAUGGCUUGGUCAACCACUACCAAGGUGUGCAGAACGUGAUCGUAAAGUUGAGCACGAGGACGUCCAACAGCUCCUCAUAUUUGCUGGUUAACAGUCACUACGACACCAAGCCCGGAUCGCCGGGUGCCGGCGACGAUGCCUACAUGGUGGCGGUAAUGCUGGAGGUUCUCCGACAGAUGGCCAUAUCCGCUGAUCUGUUCCUGCAUCCCAUUGUGUUCCUCUUCAAUGGGGGCGAGGAACAGCCAAUGCUGGGCUCCCACGGCUUCAUCACACAGCACCGAUGGUCCGCCAAUUGCAAAGCGCUGAUUAACUUGGACGGCUCGGGCGGUCGUGAGCUGCUCUUCCAGGGCGGUCCCAAUCACCCGUGGCUGAUGGAACAUUACAAAAAAAGUAUCCCGCACCCGUUCGCCACAACCACGGGCGAAGAGAUAUUCCAAGCUGGCCUAAUACCUUCGGACACCGACUUCAGGAUCUUCCGUGACUUUGGCGUCGUACCGGGCCUGGACAUGGCUGGCAUUUACAAUGGAUUCGUCUAUCACACUGAGUUUGAUCGGUACACCGUCAUAUCCGGCGGCGCCCUCCAGAGCACUGGGGACAAUGUGCUGGCCCUAGUUCAAAGUAUCUCCAAUGCCCACGAGAUGUAUGACACGGAGCCGUACUCUGAGGGCCAUUCGGUGUUUUUCGACUUUAUCGGGCUCUUCUUCGUGUUCUACAAAGAGUCCACUGGCGUGGUACUCAACAUCUGCUUUUCUAUUGGGGCCAUGCUGCUCGUCUGCCUCUCCCUGUGGCGCAUGCGCAAGGUGUCGGGUCACGCCGUUGGAACCUUUGCCGGCGCGUUCGGAGUACAAUUCCUGUUGGCACUUGCCGGUUUCGUUCUGGCCCUGGCACUGCCCCUGAUCAUGUGCGUCUUGUACGAUGCAGGAGAUCGUACCCUGACUUACUUUAGCAACAGUUGGCUGGUCAUCGGUCUCUUCAUUUGCCCCUCGGUGAUUGGCCUUAUUCUGCCGCUGACCCUCUAUCUGACUCUUCGGCCAAAUGAGAAGAUCACGCAUGCCUACCACUUGCAGAUCGCGGGGCAUGCCUACUGCGUCCUCCUGGCGGUCCUGUGUCUGGUGACAACGGCUCUAAGCAUCCGCAGUGCCUACUUAUUCCUCAUUUCUAUCGUAUUCUAUGUGGGAGCUCUGAUCAUCAAUCUGGUGACCCGUCUGCAUUGCCGAGGAUACUACUGGUCCUUCGUGCUCGGAGCUAGCCAGCUGAUGCCGUUCCUCUACCAUGCCUAUCUAUUCCACAUGUUUAUCGUGAUACUCAUACCAAUGGUCGGACGAUUUGGUGUCACAACCAAUCCCGACACCAUCAUAGCCGUACUGUGUGCGUUCGGCACGAUUCUGUCCUUGUCUUUUGCGGCUCCCCUCAUAAAUAUGUUCCGGCGACCCAAGAGUAUGCUCGGAGGCUUGGCGCUGGCGAUGUUCGUGUUCUGCAUGAUCUCCGUCUCCGAUGUUGGAUUUCCCUACCGCCCAAAGACCAAUGUGAUGCGUGUAGAUAUGAUGCAAGUGCACCGCAGAUUCUUCGAGCACGAUGGAUCCAUGAGCUCGGAAAACAGCGGCUACUAUCUGCAUAUGCUGGACAGGAACAAGGACGGGCCUCUCCACGAUACGAUGAACCUCACUGGUCUCACUCGCCUGGGCGAGGACUGUGACUCGGAGCUGAUGUGUGGCAUUCCCUGCUACCGUUGGUGCUCCGCUCGCAAAGAGGCGCGUUGGUUGCCACGGGAAGAGCCCGUGCAGCUGCCGUACCCCACUGUUCUGGAGCUGGUUAACAAGACUGUCCUGGCCAGGGGCGAUCAGGCCCGCUUGGAAUUCCGGCUGUCAGGCCCUCCCAACAUGGGACUCUUCUUCAAGCCCCGCAGUGGAGUGAAGCUGCUGAGAUGGUCAUUUGCUCAGGGCAUGCUGGACAACCCCGCCACGUAUAGGCCACCGCUGCAAGUCCAGAUAACCUACGGCAUAGACAGCACUCCCAUUGAGUUCUACGUGGAACUAUCGAAGGACAAUGGAAAUUUCGAUGAACCCAUUUGCGAGCUUGGCGUCUCCGGGCACUACGUGGGUCCCAGGGUCGAGCGGGACGCUUUGAGCGAGCAGUUCCUGGCCACGCUGCCCGACUACACCUUCUCCAUGCAGUGGCCGAGCAGCUACGCACGUUAUAUAUACUAAGAAUGUAUUAAUUUAAGCGCCAGAUUAAGGAGAUCUUGUAUAAGUAAAAGUAAAGGUACCAUAAGUGUGGGC